AUGUCUGUUUUCACCAGUCUGCAAGCAAAUCCUGAGGGCUCUCUUACAAAAGAUAUUAGAGAUAACCAACAACUAUUGGUAAGAAGCAAGUCUUCGGGGCUACAUGAUCCCCAUGAAAUUUGUGGAAACUCUCCUACCGAACAUGUCUCACCCCAUCUAAUCCCUCUUAAAUCGGUGAUCGGUGAGGAACACUCUAACGACAAAGUCAAAUGGAUUUCUGGUGUUGUGGAGUCAGCGAAGAGACGAUUUGGCAGAAUUCCUCGUGGAGGAUGGAGACUUAUUGCCGAAUGUUUCAACGUCCGCUUUCUCACUCAAAAGAGUGUCUCUGAUGUGAAAAACUUACUGAAUGUAAAGCCCUGCUCUAAUGGCUGUGGCAUUCGAAAUAAUGUGGAUACCUCAGAUUACUUAUUGCCAAAGACAGAAAUCUCCAUUUAUGGUAAAUGCAAGGAAGAGUUUAAUCUCCAAAUUCAGGAACUUAAGUCAAUCCCACGAAAUGCGAGAAUGCCCACAAAGAAGAUUCCGUAUAAAUUGCUAAAGACUGAUGUUCUUGUCGCAAUUAAUGCAGUGAUUUCGAACUAUAUAUUAUCUUCUCCGCCUGCAAGCAUAAAUGAAAUCACGGAUAUAAUUUAUGCCGGGCAAUGCUCAUAUGAAAACAUUACGAGGCAACCCCUAACAAAAAGCACAUGGCUUGAGGAUACGGAAAGAAAGAUUUCCAAACUUAGAGAAAAUCUAACUUUCGUUAAUAAGUUUAAUGGCCAGCAAUCUAAAGACGAAAAAGAGAAGACACUGAACAUUUUAUGCUCGUUUGGAUACAAAAAAUCCAGAAAGGGAGAGCUGGCACGCGUAUCUAGUCUUAUUGAAGAUAGAGUCAAAAUUAUGGAGAAAAAAAUCUCAACCUAUCGCUCCAGAAAGUCGUUUAGACAAGAUAAUUUCUGUUUUGAACUAAACAGGAGAAGAUUCUAUCGAAGACUGAACUGUGAAAACAAAGAUUCUGAUUGUCAAGUCCCAGAAGAUAAGUGUCUAUCUUUCUGGAAGGGCGUAUGGAAGAAAGAGGAGAACCGUGCUCCUAAAGCUAUUGUUGGUAAGCAUAUUACUGGAGCUGAACAGCUUCCAAGUGACGUGAAAACUGAUUUUAUCAAGAAUGUUAUCCAGUGUGUACCCAAUUGGAAAGCCGCGGGUUGUGACGGAGUUUAUGGAUUUUUUAUCAAAAAGUUCGAAGCUCUUCAUGGCCAUUUGUGCGAUGAGAUCCUUAAAAUUGUGAACGGAGGCUAUUCCCCUGCUGAGUGGUUUUACACAGGAGUAACAUACCUCAUUCCAAAAAAUGAAAAGUGCCAUUCCCCAAAUGACUUAAGGCCGAUUACCUGCAUGCCUAUAUUGUACAAACUUGUCACUAAAUGUGUGAAUACAAAGCUUACAGACUAUAUCGAAGCGUUUAACCUUAUCUCGGAUAAUCAGCUGGGAGCUAGAAGGCAAUGCCAAGGCGCAAAGGAACAAGCACUAAUAAACCAGUGUGUCAAUAGUGAGUAUGGAAAUAACUUAUUUGCAACGUGGAUCGAUGUCAGAAAGGCAUUUGAUUCUGUCAAUCAUGAAUUCUUAUGUCAAGUGCUUGAUCAGUCUGGAAUUCCGAAUUGGAUCACAAAUUUUGUGAAAACUUUAAUCAAAAAUUGGAAUGUCAUUUUGACACUUAACAAUAAGAGAAUUGGAACUGUAAAAUUGGAAAGAGGAAUCUUACAAGGAGACUCACUCUCUCCACAACUCUUCACUCUGGUAAUGGAUCCGUUAAGUAGGAGCUUGAAUAUGAAGUUCCCGAAGGUGCGUAUAGGUCAAAAUGACCCGUUCACGGUUUCAUAUUCAACAAACCAUUUGUUGUUUAUUGACGACCUGAAAAUAAUUGCUGAGAAAGAAGACACCGUUCUAAAAAUGAUGGAAGAUGUCGAUGAAUAUUUUGAUGCCGUUGGCCUCAAGAGGAACUCGGAAAAGUCUGCGACUAACCUGGACUAUGUGAAAGAUACAAAAUGUCUGGAUGGGUGUGCUGGGUAUCGAUACCUGGGAGUCUUGGAGGAUAGAGGAAGUGAUGUCAAGAAAAUCGAGGUAAUGAAAACAAUUGCUCGAAACGUGAAAGAGAGAAUCGAGAGUCUUGCAAAAACAAAGUUAAGUGCAGUAAACCUCUUUAAAGCGAUAAACGAAUAUGCACUCUCUCUCUACAACUACUAUAUCGGAUUGAUCGACAUUGAACCGAGUGAGUUUGAUGCCAUUGAUCUGGUAAUUCGUCGCAUUCUAACUACUUUACGAAUCCAUCUGAAGCCCGCUAAUAAAGAAAGAUUAUAUCUCGGCAGAAAUGGUUUUGGAAGAGGCUUAAUCUCAAUUUCCAAUAAGAGCGAAUGCAUCCUGCUCCAAUUUCUCUCCGACCUUGAAAGAAAAGCCUCGUUGUGCCUCAGAAGAGCAGGAAUCUUGCGGGUCUUGAGAGAAAAGAAAACACAUAUGACCACGAUUGCAAGAUUUCUCGCUCUCAAGUACAAUCUGGAAGACCAAUCAAAAUUGGAUGUAAACCUUAUUAAGGAGUGCCAGAAGAAAAGACUAAUGGACACCAUUAAAUCUAAGAUGAUACAUUCAACGCUGUUUAAAUGCAUUCAGGAACCGAGUGCUGAUAUCGUGGAGUCCAAUGUAUGGCUAGCCAAUGGGAACAAUGGCCCAAAGGCCGAGGCACUAUAUUGCUUGGCCCAGGAUCGCAAUUUGUUUUUCGGAGAGGCAAAGCCUAAUUGUAACCAUUGCGGCUCGGCAAGAAAAACCGUGGAUCACCUAGCUACUCGAUGUAGCAGAAUGCUUCACGGGUCAUACAUGCGAAGACACAAUGAAAUUGUCAGAUGCAUACAUCUACACGUCUGUCGUCAGUACGGAAUAAAGAAAUGCAAGAAAUUGAAAGCACACUCAGUCCAGUCGGUCGUGGAAAAUAGUCGUGUUGAAAUACGAGUAGACAUGACGUUGCAGACCGACAUUGAAGUUAAAAACAACAAGCCAGACAUUUUCGUGCUUGAUAAAAUGAAAAAUGAGAUAACGAUAAUCGAAGUCGGGGUCACAUCCCAGGACAGGUUAAAGCAAGUCGAAGUAGAGAAACUCCACAAGUAUGAUCUACUUGCUGGAGAAUUGGCACAGAUUCACAAGGCAAAAGUCACGAUAGUCCCUGUCGUAUUGACAUGGGAUGGGGUAGUGACCAAGUUCUAUAAGUCCUACAUGAAAAAGUUGAAUAUAGAGGUCCCGACUAAGGCGUACAUUCAAUCAGUGACAAUCAAGAAAACCCUGGAGAGCAUGGUCGUUGAAUACAAACAUGGCAUGAAGGUCGACAACUACCAAAUUGAGAAGGAAACGGAUAGUCUUAUCGCUAGAGGAGAAGAACUGGGAGUGUCAGUUGACUUGCCAGAGGAGUCUGCUUUCUUACUGCAAUACGAAGAGGAGAGGUGUCAAGACAUGACCGGUCAACGGAGUAGUUCCCCUAAGAGAAGAGAGAAUAUCAAUUAA